CUUCGUCUGCUACUUCCCAGUUUUGUUGUUGUUGUAUUGAUUUCUUCUGCUAUUGUUCUUCUACCAUGAAUCCUGAAUCAAGACCCAAUUCUUCUUCAAGUGAAAAUAAAGAAACGCAAAAGAAGAAACCCAGCAUCGAUAAUGAACCUCAAAACAAGGAAUCUCACAAGAUGAACGCUUUGCACAAUAAAGAAGCUUCUGAUGCUGAAAUAGUUGAUGGUAAAAAACAGAAAGUCAAAAAGUCUCGCAAACUCGUACCUCUCUCUUCAAAUAUUUCUAUUUUAAAUUUUACUGUUGUAGAUAUUGUUCUUGUAUCUACAACUCAACCUUCGCACACUAAUCCUCCUAUUACUCCAACAAUAAGUCAAAUUCCUGAGAAAGAUGUUUCUGUUACCCAUGCAUUUUCCCAAGGCUCUGAGAAGAAUGUUCCUGCUACUCCUUCACCAAAAAAUCCUCAUAUAGAUGAGAAUGCUUUUAUUACGUAUGACGAGCUUUUUAAAGAUUCUCCUGCGAAUAAGGAGCUUUCUCUUAGCCAAAUCCUGAAAAAUACUUCCCCUGUUGCCUCUGCGAAUCCAUCGCAUCUAAUUUUUCCUUCACCCAUUAGCUCUACCUCUCAUCCGAACCUUCCUCAAGAUAAAUCCACCAUUCCAACAACUUCUACUACUCCUCCUUCUCUUUCUUUAUUGGAUUCUCUUCUUUUAAAUAAAAAGGGUUUGGAUAGCGUAAAAUUGGCUACUCAAACUCUUUCCCAUGUUAUCAACUCUGCCCAAUCUUUAACCGAUGAUCCUUCCAAACUUCGCUCCUGUUCUGUCUUAAGUCAGCUUCUUCGGGGAUUUCAUGUUGACAAGGCUUCACGAGAUGAGGUCCUUUCUCAAAUUGACCCGAGUUUCCACGUCACUCUAGACGUUUUGAAAAAUAUUUCUUUGGAAAAGGAAAUACAAAGAUUAAGAGGGGAACUUCAGAUUUCAAAUUUUGAGGCUGAAAAUCUUCGAUAAUCAGAAACUUAGAGAUUUAAACCAGAAGCGAACGAAUGAGAGAUACGAAUUUCAAUUCCUUGCCGAAGAUGCCCAAGCGAAUAACGCGAAGUUACAGUCUCAACUAAAUCAAUUAGAUCAUCAAUAUUCAUACGCACAUAAUCAGAUUGACCAUCUUUCCCAUGAAAAUUACCGUCUUACUCAAAAAAUC